AAUUCUGCAAGUGACUCUGAUUUACUAUCGCUGUUCUCUAGCUGGUCUAAAACCACUUUUGACCUAAAGGGACGCUUUUUGGACGCCAUGGACAUUUCUCAGUUUCAAGGCAGAAAGAACAGUAAAAAUGCAGGCAGGGCACAGGACAAAGCACUAGGGACAAAUAUGUGAUUUUAGUGUGUUGAGUGAAUGUCGCUUUUUGACAUUUUUCAAUUUCCUGCCAGUUCCGUCCCCGUACGUCCUGACGUCGCAGGGAACGGAACCCGGAACAUAGAUGCCGGCAUCGGCCGGAGGACAUUGCCGGGGAUGCUGCAGGAGGGACAU